UUUCAAGUGCUGUUUAAUAAGUUGGCCUCCUCUGAUCUCCUCACCUUUGCCCGCCAAGAACACAUUCAUUCUCAACUCAAAAAGUGGGAGACCCAACUCUUCAAUAUUCGUGAAGUGCUCAACGACGCCGAGGAUAAGCAGAUUGCAACUUCCUCUGUCAAACUCUGGCUUGCUGAGCUCAGGAUCUUGGCCUAUGACAUGGAGGACAUCCUCGACGAGUUCAACACCGAAAUGCUGCGACGCAAGCUGGCAGUGCAACCUCAGGCCGCCGUCGCCGCCACCACCAGCAAGGUAUGGAGUCUCAUCCCUACUUGCUGUACUAGUUUCACUCCCAGUCAUGUUACUUUUAAUGUUAGCAUGGGGUCCAAGAUCAAGGAUAUCACCAGCCGCUUGGAAGAUAUUUCCACUCGCAAAGCCCAACUGGGUUUGGAAAAGGUUGCAGGAACAACAACUACUACUUGGAAAAGAACACCCACCACAUCUUUGUUUAAUGAACCACAAGUUCAUGGCAGAGAUGAUGACAAAAACAAGAUCGUAGAUUUGCUGCUCAGCGAUGAAUCUGCUGUUGUCCCCAUCAUUGGUAUGGGUGGGUUGGGUAAAACCACAUUGGCUAGAUUUGCUUAUAACGAUGACGCGGUGGUGAAGCAUUUUAGUCCAAGAGCAUGGGUUUGUGUGUCUGAUGAGUUUGAUGUGGUGAAAAUAACGAAGGCUAUUCUCGGCGCCAUCUCUCAACUGAGCAACGAUUCCAACGAUUUCAAUAAACUCCAAGUUGAAUUAAGCCAAUCAUUAGCUGGAAAAAGGUUUUUGCUUGUCCUGGAUGAUGUUUGGAACAAGAACUAUGAAGAUUGGAAUAACUUGCGAUCCCCUUUCAAGGGAGGGGCUAAAGGAAGUAAAGUCAUAGUAACCACACGCAAUACACAUGUGGCAUUAAUGAUGGAACCAUCUGUUACCUACCACCACUCUCUUAAGCCUUUAUCAUAUGAUGACUGUUGGUCGGUAUUUGUACAGCAUGCAUUUGAAAACAGAGACAUCCAAGAACAUCCGAAUUUAAAAUCAAUAGGCAAGAAGAUUGUUGAAAAGUGCGAUGGCUUGCCGUUAGCAGCAAAGGUGCUUGGUGGUCUCUUACGCUCUAAACACCGAGACGAUGAAUGGGAGCAUAUAUUGAAUAGCAAAAUUUGGAUUUUACCGGAUACCGAAUGUGGCAUCAUUCCUGCAUUGAGGUUGAGUUAUCAUCAUCUUCCAGCGCAAUUAAAAAGAUGCUUUGUUUAUUGCGCAACAUUUCCUCAAGACUACGAAUUUAAGGAAACUGAGCUAAUCUUGUUAUGGAUGGCGGAGGGAUUAAUUCAACCAUUGGAAGGAAAUAAGCAAAUGGAAGAUUUAGGUGCUGAGUACUUUCGUGAAUUGGUGUCAAGGUCAUUUUUCCAACAGUCUGGAAAUGGUGGAUCACAAUUCGUCAUGCACGACCUCAUUAGUGAUCUUGCUCAAUCAGUUGCUGGACAACUAUGUUUCAAUUUGGAGGAUAAGUUGAAGCAUGAUAAGAACCAUAUCAUUUUACAAGACACUCGCCAUGUGUCAUACAAUCGUUAUCGUCUUGAGAUCUUUAAAAAAUUUGAAGCUCUCAACGAAGUGGAGAAGUUACGAACAUUUAUAGCGUUACCAAUUUAUGGUAGACCUCUUUGGUGUAGCUUAACUAGUAUGGUGUUUAGUUGCUUGUUCCCCAAACUAAGAUAUUUAAGAGUGCUAUCUUUGAGUGGGUAUUUUAUAAAAGAGUUACUAAACUCAGUAGGAGAUUUAAAGCAUUUACGGUAUCUUAAUUUGUCCAGAACUGAAAUUGAAAGGCUAUCAGAAUCGAUAAGUGAGCUCUACAAUUUACAAGCACUAAUAUUGCGUGAAUGCCGUUCUCUUAGAAUGCUACCUACGAGCAUUGGGAAUUUGGUUGAUCUUCGACAUCUGGAUAUUACCGAUACACUGAGCUUAAAAAAGAUGCCUCCGCACUUAGGUAACUUGGUAAAUUUGCAAACACUACCAAAGUUUAUCGUGGAGAAAAAUAAUAGCUCGUCAAGUAUAAAAGAAUUGAAGAAGUUGUCGAAUAUUAGAGGGACACUUUCCAUUUUAGGGUUGCAUAAUGUGGCGGAUGCUCAAGAUGCAAUGGAUGUGGAUUUGAAGGGGAAGCAUAACAUUAAAGAUUUAACAAUGGAAUGGGGCAAUGAUUUUGAUGAUACUCGCAAUGAACAGAAUGAAAUGCAAGUUUUGGAGUUGCUUCAACCCCAUAAAAAUCUGGAAAAACUCACCAUCUCAUUUUAUGGUGGAGGAAUAUUCCCAAGUUGGAUGAGGAACCCUUCAUUCUCACUGAUGGUGCAGUUGUGUCUCAAAGGUUGCAGAAACUGCACACUGUUACCAUCUCUUGGGCAAUUGUCCUCGCUCAAAAACUUGCGCAUUGAAGGAAUGAGUGGAAUAAAAAAUAUAGAUGUUGAGUUUUACGGGCAGAAUGUGGAGUCUUUUCAAUCGUUGGAGUCUCUAACCUUUUCGGAUAUGCCAGAGUGGGAAGAAUGGCGUUCUCCCAGUUUCAUUGAUGAUGAAAGAUUAUUUCCUCGCCUCCGUGAGCUUAUGAUGACGCAAUGUCCAAAGUUGAUUCCUCCGCUUCCAAAAGUUUUAUCUCUCCAUGAAUUAAAAUUAAUAGCAUGUAACGAAGUAGUGUUGGGCAGAAUUGGAGUUGAUUUCAACUCCCUUGCAGCUUUAGAAAUUAGAGAUUGCAAAGAGGUUAGAUGGUUGAGAUUAGAAAAGCUUGGCGGGCUGAAGCGUUUAAGGGUGUGUGGAUGUGAUGGACUCGUAUCCUUGGAGGAGCCAGCUCUACCAUGCAGUCUUGACUAUCUGGAAAUAGAAGGGUGUGAAAAUCUUGAGAAGCUGCCAAAUGAAUUGCAAAGUCUCAGGUCAGCAACUGAGUUAGUAAUCCGAAAGUGUCCGAAGCUUAUGAACAUUCUGGAGAAAGGGUGGCCGCCCAUGCUAAGGAAACUUGAAGUGUAUAAUUGUGAGGGUAUCAAGGCACUACCAGGUGAUUGGAUGAUGAUGAGGAUGGAUGGUGACAACACCAACUCCUCAUGUGUCCUUGAAAGAGUGCAAAUUAUGAGGUGUCCAUCUCUCCUUUUCUUUCCAAAAGGUGAAUUACCCACCUCACUUAAACAACUGAUAAUUGAAGAUUGUGAAAAUGUCAAGUCCCUACCGGAGGGUAUUAUGCGCAAUUGCAAUCUCGAGCAGUUGAAUAUCGAGGGAUGUUCAUCUCUGACCUCAUUUCCAAGUGGUGAGUUACCCUCCACCCUUAAGCACCUCGUCAUUUGGAAUUGUGGGAAUCUGGAAUUGCUGCCGGAUCACAUGCCCAACCUCACAUAUCUUAAUAUUAAGGGAUGUAAGGGUCUCAAACAUCAUCACUUGCAAAACCUCACUUCUCUUGAAUAUCUGAAAAUACGUGGAUGUCCGAGUCUAGAGUCAUUUCCGGAAGGGGGUUUGGGUUUCGCCCCCAACUUGAGAGAUGUUGACAUUACCGAUUGUGAGAAUCUGAAGACGCCUCUGUCAGAGUGGGGACUCAACAGGCUCCUCUCUCUCAAAAACCUCACCAUUGCUCCAGGUGGAUAUCAAAAUGUGGUUUCAUUUUCACAUGAUCAUGAUGACUGCCACCUUCGUCUUCCUACAUCUCUCACCCGUCUUCACAUUGGAGAUUUCCAGAAUCUGGAAUCCAUGGCCUCCCUGCCUCUCCCGACCCUCAUUUCCCUUGAAGAUCUUUGUAUCUCGGAUUGUCCAAAGCUCCAGCAGUUUUUGCCAAAGGAAGGGCUGCCAGCAACACUCGGAUAUAUUGAGAUCCAGGGUUGUCCUAUCAUAGAAAAGAGGUGCUUAAAGGGCAGAGGAAAAGAUUGGCCCCACGUUGCCCACAUCCCCGCCAUUCAUAUAGGCGGCAAUUGAGACCUUCACUCAAUUUUCUCUCUGCAAAACAAAUAAGAGCAGACGUUAUUCAACCAGGUCUAUCCAAUUGAAUUUGGACUUCAUGUUGGAGACUCUUAAGUUUGGAGUGAAUCUUGUGUGGACACUUGCUAUUUCUCGGUUGUUUAUCUUCUUUACAAAGCAAUGUUUACAGUGCAAUGAGUGAAUCAAGGGUAACCCAGUGAGAAUAAGAAAGAGUUGUUGUAGUAGCCUUAUGCUGCUAAUGCUAUAGUUUACCAUCGAAGCUAAGAAGUCUUGUGCUAAGUGAUUGUAUCUGAAGAAACCACCUACAAGAAUGAUUUUGUUUCUGGGAUUUGAUGGAAGUUGAUGACUAUUUAGUUAUUGUUCAAACUUCUGUGAAUAUCCAAAAAGUCACACAUUUUGGCCAUUCAUCUGAUUUUGACUCUGUUUGCUCUGUUUUGAAUACUUGAGAAGGCCACACAACAACAGUAGUUCUCCUUAAUACUGAGAGAUUAAGUUCUAUUCGCUUUUGAUGUUGCUCGAGAGAGUUGAGUUACAACUGAAUUUUGAAAAUCUUCAAGAUUCUGGUUGUAAGCAAAUAGAGUUGUUUUAAGGAAAGUUAUAUGUUACAAAUCGGUACCUUAAAGCGUUUCACAGUUGGGUCUUUAGCAAUGGGAAGUUUAACUGGAUGCCUUCGUAGACUCUUGCAUCUUAUUGAACCCCAUAUCUGAUGACAAGUACAUGCAGAAGUAGAGCCAUCCAUUCCCUCUCUUAUAUGUAAUCAGGUAUAUUAUUGGCAAUGUAAAACUCUUACCUUUUUCAAUAUUAAAGUGAUUCUCUGCAGUUCAUCGAUACAUGUAGGAUUAGCAGAAGGAAAUAAUCUCCUAACAAAAACAUAAUUGUUAAUAACUCAUGUACGUGGUGUGUUUUUCAAUUUGGCUAAUAAAAUGACAUUGUUACUUCCAAAUUCAAUUUCAUUUAGGCUUCAGUCCUUUUUAUGCAGUUUGUGGGCUGGUACAAGGUAGUAGGUUCAAGGACUAAAGGAUCUCCCAAGUUUGCAGCUCUCUUGAAGCAUUAUAGGUUGAGAAGGAUCCUAGGCUUUGACAUUGCUUAAUUUCUAGAGGAAGACCAAAAGGCAAUCUUAAAUAUAGGUGCUUUCAAGAGAAAGGAGAAGAUUAUAGUGAUGAUGACCACAUCUGACCACAUCCCCUAUGUAUGCAUUAAGAAUCCUAGUUUCUCUUCAUGGAAGUCUAAGCAGAGAUGAUCUCAUAGAAUAUAAUUCUUACCUUAUCUGGAAACCGAUCUUAUUUUAUUCAAAAUUGGGAGAGAUUUUUCCACCGACUUGAAAAUUUGGCCUGCAGAAAGGGAGGACGAAAAGGAGAAAAAUAGGAAGGUCAAAGAAGUUCAAAAUUUCCUAACCAUGGGCUCAAGAAGUUAUUCCAGGUAAAUUCUUUCAUACACAAUUAAUUUCCUUUACAUGUUUCCAAUGUAUUUAAUCUCAACAAGCAUCCUUAUGGAAACUAUCUUUGUAUGACAAUGUGCAACCAAAUAUAUGUGCAACUCCUACUAAACUAAUAACAGUGUGCAACUUAUUUUUUUGGGCCUUUUUCAGGUAACUGUGAACAUUGAUUUGCAAAGUAAUCUGUCCAAGAUAUUAAUUUUUCAAGUGAUUAAUAGACAGUGCUAAAUUUUGAAGUCACCCCUUCUUUGCUUUCUAGGCUAAAAAGCUUGUUUUUUAUGUAGUAUAUCUUUAUUAGCAUCUUAUUCUCAUCUUAGCUACUCAUUACAUUUUUCUUUCAACAAUUUGACAGAAGGGUGGGUUUUCAAAAUAGUAUGGGAUUGACAUUCUCUUUAUACGGAACAAAUGGCUUUCCUAUAAGAUUUUAUUCCCUUUUUAAUCUCCUACAACACGCAAAUAAUAAAAUUAUGUGGACUAGCUUCUUUGCCUUUAAUCUCCAUUCUUUUGUUUUUAAUGUUUUCAUACUUGUACAUCAUUCCCUCUAUAUUUUCACUAAUGCAGGGUGCACCAUACUUACAACUACAAAUUCUUUUGGACUUGAAGAAAUAUAAUCCACAUACUUCUUAAACUGCAAUGGUCUCUGCCAUUAGUCUCAUGUAGGAUGCAUGGUCUCAUGAGCUUUUCGAGUUAAAGGCUAGGUAUACAUUAUUCUAAAGGAUCCACUUUUUUGAAAUUGAAAGGAGUCCAUGGGCUUAAUAUGCUGGGUGAAUGAUGCAUGAUGUUUCUUUUUUUUUCAUGUUGUUUCAGAGAGAAAAGUUCACCUCUUUCUUAAGGUGCUUAAGAUUCUAGACUGCAACUAACAUGAAGGCCCUGCAGUGUGAUAGAAGGAUUCUCAACUUUUCUUAGGGUGCCUCUACCACCUUUUGCAUCUAACUGAAACUCCUAUCAGUAAGAACCACAGGUAGAACUGUCCAUUCUCACCUUAGAUGCAAGCAGGCCAUGACUGGAGUGAAGCCAUAUAUAUGCAGUAUGCCAUUGAGAAUGGAUGAGGGAUGGAAUACAAUCCAGUUGAAUCUUGCUGAUUUUAUCAGAAGAGCAUAUGGAACAGACCAUGUUGAGACAUUGUUAGUCCAGAUUCAUGCAAAUUGCCAGCUGAGAUGAAUUUAUUUCUCUGACCCCCUUUGCUCGGAAGAACUCCCACCAGAAUUCAAACUGUAUCUCCCAAUGCAGAAAGCAUGAUGGGGUUCGUGGCACAGUAAGCUAAGGGACUUGUGCUGCCCAUGUUUUCAGAACACAGUAUCUUCAAAAUUCGGAAUGUGUUUCUUCACCAAGGGAUGGCAUUUAAUCCUGCUGAGAUGAACACCAUCGUUUCUACUUGCUUGAUACUUGUUUAAAAUAUUACCAUUUUAGGAUUUCAUGAAGUGAAUAUAUCUUAUUUCGUCAAGCUCAUUUUGUGGGUGGAAUGGGGAUUUCAUGAUUUGAGUA